UAUUCCGGUAUUUUUCUAGAGAAGCGCUUACAAAGUCAAGGAGCUUGCAGUUCUGUGGCUUUCACGCUCUCCCCCUCGCGGCUCUAGUACUCUUAACGACCAGCAAAUCUAUCCUCUGAUACCUUAGUUUGUAUGGUUUCAAUUUAAAGCGAUGGAUGAAGUAUUUUGUGCCGGUCCUAUUUCGCCGUGCAUCGUGGUUCAUGGCGGCGCUAGCAGUCUUUCCGAAUCGAUCAUCUUUCCCAUGCUGAUAAACGGCGUGAAAAAAGCGGCAAGAACGGGCUAUGGAUUGCUGAUGAAAGGCGGAAAAAAUGCCUCGCUUGAUGCCGUUGAAGCUGCAGUUAAGGUGCUAGAGGAUAUUGCUGUGUUCAACGCUGGUCAUGGCUCAAAACUCAACAAUCGUGGGGAAGUGGAAAUGGAUGCUAUGAUCAUGGAUGGACGGGAUCUAAACGUUGGUGGAGUAGGUGGUAUAAGCGGCGUAUCCAACCCCAUCUCAGUAGCAAGAAAAGUCAUGACAGAAUCAAAUCAUUGUCUGCUGAUCGGGGAGGGUGCCAAUAUGUUUGCAGACGAGCAAGGUAUUCCAAGAAUCCCACCCGAGGCGCUCAUUACAGAGGCCCGCCGGCGACAGCUUGCACGUGCCAUGGAAGCCAUGGAAAUAAUCGACAUGAGUGAUGAUGAGUCUGAUAGUAGUGAUGAACCAGAAGCAGGACCGAAGUCACCGAAAUCACCCAGUAAACAAGAGAAAAAGAAAUUGCUAAGACAGGAAAGCAUAGCAGGACUUAAGAAAGUGAUGGAAGAAAUCAGAGGAAAGGAGCUUCAUGACACGGUGGGUGCAGUAGCAGUAGAUAGUUUUGGCAAUGUUGCUUGUGCAACCUCGACAGGCGGUCUCACUGCUGUUCAUCCCGGAAGAGUUGGUGACUCUCCCAUUGUUGGUUGCGGGGGAUAUGCAGAUAACCAAGUUGCGGCAGCGUCAUCUACUGGGACUGGAGAGAUGAUUAUGAGGGUUAACUUGGCAAGGUAUGCUUUAUUCAUGAUCCAAAUCGGACAAACUGCAGCUGAUGCUGCAGCUGCAGCAUUGAGAUACAUGGAGCAGCGGGUUGGUGGUCGUGCCGGUAUAAUCAUAGUGUCGAGAGAUGGAGAGGCUGGCAUCGCCUUCAACACAGAGCACAUGCCAUGGGCUCAGGUUAAGAAUGGUGUAACAAGCUAUGGCUUGAAGAGAGGAGAAGUGAAGACAGUCAAGAAAGGAAAGACCAUGAGAGGAGAGAGCAUUGUAGAAAGUCCAGGCAGGGUAUUCCCAGAUAUUGGGGAAGUAGGAUUUGGUCAGGGUUCAGACAUGCCGAUGGACUCAGAUGUAGUAUCUGUUGGUAUGCAGGCUAAUGAGGAUGGGGUUGUUCACGUCAAUAAAAGCGGCCCAGUUAACUAAUAGGAAUUAGUUUUUAAACAGUUGUACUGUUCAAGAGAUAUACCUGUGGCGGAUCUAGGAUUUAUUUUCAGACAUUAUGCUUUAAAAUAAUUAUAAGUUUAAGGAAAUUCACAAAAGAAGAGCUACCCCUCUCCUUAAAAAAUAAUUUGACCCCCCCCCCCCCCCCUAGACCUCCUGGAUUCGCCCCAGCUUAUACUCUACUCCUUUGAUAUAGGCAGUGUUAUUCUAAGAUGAUUACAGUUAUUUAAAGAAAAAAUGGAAGUAUUUGAAAAUAGCUUAUUUGCACUGUAGUAAUCCUAAUACUAUUCACUUGUUAGACUAAGUGGAGUCCAUAGUUGUUUAUGAUACAGGUAUUCUCAUAUCAAGUAUCUAAUUGAUUUAUCCGACCAUAUUUUAAAGUACCUAUAUAAUAAGACAGACCUUUGUGUCUAAAGUGACCCCCCCCCCAAAAAAAAAAAAAAUUUAAUGUUUCUUAUAUAAAGUAACAUCCUAUACUAGAUGGUAGGUUCUUAUGGCUGUAACAGUUAUGGCUGUAACUUUAAGAUGUUGCUUAUAUGAAGUAGCAUCCUAUACUAGCUGGUAGGUUCUUAUGGCUGUAACUUUCGGCACAAGCAUAAUACACUAUAAAAAGCAUGUUUUAUUGGUUAAGCCUGUUGUUUGUCCCUAAAUAAUUUAUUCUAUAACUUGGCUCUGUAUUGUUCUGACUUUAACACAGAUGUUUAGUUUAUACAGCAACAUAAGUGAGUUACACCCAUUUCAAUUAAGUUUGACUAUAAGAAAAUGGAAAAAAAGGAAUGUCAACUCAUCAACAGUCAGUUGACAAGUUUCCAUUGAGGCCCAUAUAGUGUAUGAAUAUAUACAAGGAAAACCCCAUUAAUCAAACCAGUUUUCCAUUUUCUUAUUGUCAAACUUUAUUGAAAUAGGUGUACACACACUGAUUGGCUGUCAGAACGUGUGAUGUUAGUUAUGUCAGACUCUAGAGCUGACAUGGAUGACACGUCCAAAAAUGCUGCAGGAGAGACUUGUGUGAUGUCAGUUAAACUGGAACUGUUUUUGUUGUUUUAUAAAAUAGAUCUCAUUUUCUUUGUAUAUUUGUUCUUUGAUAGAUGCACAGAGAACAUUAGUAGAGUGGUUUUCAAAGACCUGUGAAAUACUAUUUGGCUUAUUCAGUACUAACAUGUACUAACAUGUCUUCCCUUUUUUCUGGUUUGACUAUUACACUUAAACAAUUACAUUUUGUUGCUUUUUGUUGAUUUUGAAGACAAGUCUUGUUAGGUUUAUUUUUCAUUCAGAAAAUGAGAUCUAUUUGUUAAAAUAAAACAUUUUUGAAGAAACAAAUUUUAUGCAAGGUUGAUUAUUAUUUCAUAGAAGGGUUUCCUUUUUUAGAAAUUAUUUAAAAAAUUAGACUUUUUAAAUUUUGAAGAUUUUGAGUUUGCAGUGUGGUGAUGAUUCUGAUUAUCGUUUAAAAAAAAUGAAAAAAAUAAUAAAACAGGAUCUUUUUAA